UUUUUAAAAGUUUUGUAAACAGAGUAAAGUUGAGAUUACACACACAUUACCUGAUGAGAGGUGAUGAAGGCAAUUAAAGUUUAAAAGCUGAGAAUAACAGUAGUGGAGAAAACAACAUCACAACAAUGCAUGGUGGUAACAAUGGGAUAGUCACAAAUUCAAAUGGUGAAAAGCGUGCCUUAGAACGUGAAGCACUACGAAAUGUUAUUGCACAAUGGAAUGCGAAUCGAUUGGAUUUAUUCGAAUUAUCCGAACCAAACGAGGAUUUGGAAUUCCAUGGUGUUAUGCGUUUCUAUUUUCAAGAUAACGCCACAGGACGUGCCGCUACAAAAUGUGUUCGUGUUGCUUCUGAUGCUACUGCACAAGAUGUCGUCGCGACGCUUGUUGAAAAAUUUCGACCCGAUAUGCGAAUGUUAACACCCGCUGGAAGUGCUGUUGGGCAAUAUGCUUUGUACGAAGUUCAUGGUCAAGGUGGUCCUGGAGGUGGAGCUGCUCGACGAUUAGCUAAUGAUGAAAAACCACUUUUAGUUCAAUUAAAUUGGCAUAUUGAUGAUAGAGAUGGACGAUUUUUACUUCGAAAUAUAGACGACGAACAUCAUGCACCGUCUAUUGGACUAUCCGACAGUAAUUCCAGUUUUCGAAGAAAAUUAUCAAAACGAGAGAAAAAACAAUUAAAAAAACAGGAAAAACUUGCGCGAUUAAAAAGUGAUGCAGAUGCGGGUGAGGAAGGGCAAGAAAACAAUGUUGCCGAAAAAUUAUACACAGAAUUACCAGAAACAUCAUUUACACGAUCUAUAUCAAAUCCAGAAGCUGUGAUGCGACGUCGUAGACAACAAAAAUUAGAAAAACGUUUGCAACAAUUCCGUUCAAAAGAUGGUGGCCCUGAUACUGGGGGUACCUUAAAAAUUUACGGUGAAGCCUUAUGUCAAGACGUGCCUUAUAAAACAUUAUUAUUAAGUGUUCGAGAUUGUGCUGCGCGUGUUGUACGUGAAAUGCUCAAUAAAUAUGGUCUGGAUGGUACCGAAGAUCCAACACAUUGGUGUUUAGUACAAACUAUGCAACCGACUAAUGGAAAUGGUGGUGAUUCACAAGAAUAUGUACUGGACGACGAUGAAUGUCCGCUUGCUAUUUUAAUGAAUCAUCCAAGUACUAGUGGUUCAAUAAUGUUUCAUGUACGGCGAAGGCCGGCCGAUGGUGGUGCACCUCGCAAACGUAAAAAGAAACCUGGUGGUGGGCCAGUAGGUGUUAGUGGACCUGGUGGUCAAACAGCUACUGGUAGUGGUGUUGGCAGUGGUUUAUAUCAUCAUCGUGGAAGUACAUCAGGCCCAAGUGAUCAUCACCAUCAUCGUAGCUCCGAUUUAGAACAAUGUCCGAUGUUUAUUGAAUUGGGUGCAGAUCAUGUUACAGAAAGUUCUCGGACAGUACGUGUUACGUCUGAUGUGAUGGAAGUAGGAUCUGCAAAUGGAAUUGCAUUACAAUUGUAUGGACCACAUAUACAACCUCGACAUUGUUUAAUUCAGUAUAACGCGGAUAGUGGGAUUACAACAUUAACACCAUGUCAUAUCGAUGCAUUUACAUAUGUAAAUGGCCAACGAAUACAUCAAACAACAGUUCUUCAGAAUGGAGCAAUAGUAAAAUUUGGACGUGUAAACAGUUAUCGAUUUGUGGAUCCAGUACAAGAAAAUCGAAGUCGGAUGUAUUCAUCGAAUCACGACAAUUUAUCAAUAUAUGACAGAUCACCAACACGAUUAAGCAAAGAUAACAAUAACAUAAGCAUCGAUGUACCGGACAUACCGAUCAGUCCUACAACCGGCCGUGAACGUGCAAUGAGUCCAACAAAUUUCUCAUCGCCCAUUGAAAAUCAACCACAAUUACAUUCGCCAUCAUCAAUGCAACAAAAAUUACCACCUUUAUCGCCAACACAAUCAAAUAAUUCACAUCAGCAUUAUCCAAAAUCACCGCAUGGUGACAAUAGUAGCAUAGAUAACAAUGGAUUUGGUGGUAAUAAUAUUGGACAAAAUUUAAAGGAUGUAGUAAGUGCACAAAAUACUGGUGGGUCCACCCCAAGUGGUGGUGGCGGGGGCAGUGGUUCAUCCCAAGUUGGUGGCCAUAAAGAUAAUUACGAAACGACUUUCGAUUUAGAUGGUAAUGUAGAAACGGUUUCGACAAGUAGUUAUAAAAACGAAGAUACUAAAUCCGUGGGCAGUGAAAAUAGAUUUGCACGAGGACAAGAUCCAAUUUUACCAGCAGUUUUGGAGUUUCCAGAAACACAACAAGAUCAAUGUUUAGCUAGAGUAAUUACACUACUGGAUCCAUCUUCACAGCCAUCAUUUAAAUUAGCUCCAGCAUAUACAUUAUACUUAUGUGCGAGGUAUCGAGCAUCAACGCAUUAUCGACCGGAAUUACAACCAACCGAAAGAGCUCACAAAUUAACAUUAUUAUUACAACAUAUCGCAUCAUUAAUUCAAAAUGUUAUACAGGUUGGUAUAAAAGAACGUUACAACGAUAGUAAUUCGCAAGCAUUUUGGUUAGCAAACAGUUCCGAACUACUACAUUUUUUAAAAUCAGAUCGACAUAUUUGUGCAUUCUCAUUGACAGCACAAGAGACUUUAGCUGAAUCCGUACAAUUAGCAUUCAGUUAUUUAACAGGGUGUACAACAACAGAUCUAAUUCCAGCAAUAAAUGCAUUAUUAUCAGACAAUAACGAUUUAAACAGUGUAAAUCCUAUAAUUAGUAAUUUAAGUUCAACAAUGUCAUUAUUGCGUCAUUGUCGCGUCAAUGCCGCAUUAACAAUACAAUUAUUCUCACAAUUAUUCCAUUAUAUAUCGGCGCGUAGUUUAAAUGUUAUAUUAAAUACACAAAGUUUAUGUUGUAAAAAAUGGGGAUUACGUUUAGUCAAUCGUUUAGCACAUAUUACACGAUGGGCUGAAAGUCAAGGAUUAGAAUUGGCUGCCGAAUGUCAUUUGGCAAAAAUUCAACAAUGUGCGCAUUUAUUACAGGCACCAAAACAAACAGCCGAAGACAUAGCAAACUUACCAUCAACGUGCUUUAAAUUAAAUAGUGUACAAUUGGGAGCUUUAUUAGGACAAUAUCAGUGUGAAGAUGGUGAAGCGCCAUUAUCACCGGCCAUGGUAGCACAAGCCGUUUGUGUUGCUAAAACACUAGCCGAUGAAUUGGCAUUAGCUGAUGGUCGUGAAGUUCGUUUAUUGGAACAGCCAACAUUACCAUUAGCAUUACUCUUACCUGAAGAUGGAUAUAGUUGUGAUGUGGUACGUGGUGUACCUCCUGGUCUUGCUGAUUUUCUACGUCAAUUACAACCACCAUGCCGAUUAGCGAGCCAACCAACUAGUGCGGGAAGUUGGACUGUUUACAUGCAUCAGCAUUCACAUCCAUUACGAUCUCCAAGUGCAAUGAGCAAUCGAUCUGGAUCUCAACAACCAGAAAUUCAAAUAAUUAAAUUACAUAAAUCGACAAGUGGUAUGGGUUUAUCAAUUGUUGCGGCAAAAGGUGCCGGACAAGAACGAUUAGGAAUAUAUAUAAAAUCAGUGGUACCUGGUGGUGCAGCCGAUACAGACGGUCGUCUGCAAGCUGGUGAUCAAUUGUUACGAGUCGAUGGACAAAGUUUAAUUGGUAUUACUCAAGAACGUGCUGCUGAAUACUUAGUUCGUACUGGACCGAUUGUUACAUUAGAAGUAGCAAAACAAGGAGCUAUUUAUCAUGGAUUGGCUACAUUGUUACAGCAACCGUCUCCACCAAUGUCACGUGGACCUCGUCGCAUGUCAGAACGUGAUAUACCAUCUCGAUUUAACGACUCACACGGACACAACACAGGUGGUAUUGUUGAACGUACAACAAUUGCUGCAUCAAAAUCAGUACCAGCAUUACAUCAAGUUGUUGACGCUAAUGAUCCACCAAAUAUACCACAACGUGUCACAUCAAAUACAUUAACUAGUGGACCAGUACAUAAUUUAAUAAAAAACCAUCAUGAUGUAUUCAAUCCUGGUUAUAGUCGAACAUCAUCUUCAAACAGUAUCAAUACAAACAAUAUUACAAAUAAUCAAUCGAUGAUUAACAAUAACAAUAAUACACAAAUGGCACCACCCAAAAGUAAAUCUGUACAUAAUUUAGUUUCACCGCAAGCUGUUGGACAAGAUCAAGGAUUUUAUCAAAAUUUAAGUGUUUAUCGUAAUAAACCAAACGAUGCAUUAACUCUUGGCGACAGAGCGUCGGGAUUACGUUCAUCUCAAAGUUCAUUGCAUUCAAACAAUCCAUUAAGUCCAACAAAUAUGAUAAACAAUUCACAACGUCCGACAUCCGCGUAUUAUUCAAAUAGUCCAAUGGCAAAUCAUCAAAUGACAUCACCAGCAACAAGACCCAAUCAAUUAUUAUUACCUUCAUCACAUCACCAUCAAAGUAUUCCAAAUUUAAAGAGUAGUCAAUCACAUUCAAUGUUAGUCAGCCAUCAAAACGUGUACAGCCAACAAAAUCAUCACGAUUUAAAUCAUCCUCACAUGAAACAAAGUCAAUCACAAUCCGCCCUUUUAUCAAAUAAUUAUAAUAAUAACAAUAAUUUGGAUAAAACUGAUCAACAAUAUCGUCAACAUUCAAGUAUGACAGCAUUAGUACGGGGUCAAGCAAAAUUAGCGGAAAUGAGUGAAGAAGUACGUCGCCGGCAAACACGUGGUAUGCUCAGUCCACAAGGUGGUGAUGGAUUCCGUCAUAAUAACUUGCAUGGACAACAACAAAUGAUGAAUUCACCGAUUUCAAGUCGUUCAGCAGACUAUCAUCAUUCACAUCAUCAACAAUCACCACAUUCAGUUGGUGGUUAUAAUAUGCAACAACAGAUGGUAAGUCCUGGUGGAAUGGGAUCUGUUAAUUAUAAUCAUCAUCCAACACAGCCACAACAAUCAUCGGUGUCACAGCAUAUGAAUCAUUAUUAUGGUGAUAAUAAUUCACCACAACAUUCUGUUGAUGCGAAUAACCAACAAGGUUACUACAUGAAAGGAUCACCUAUGUAUCCGCCAGUUGCACCAAAACCACCAAGCGGAAUGCCAAUGUCCUCAGUCAAUUCAAAAUCUGAAUACGAGGAUGAUCCACCACCAGUUCCACCAACGACAACACAUCCGUUAUACACAGCCAGUUUAACAGAACCACCAAAAGGUGCAUUCUAUCCUACAAACACAAAUCAAAGAGAAACGAAAGGAACGCCUGCUACUAAUCCAUGGGAAAGGGAAGAACGAGAAAAAGAACAGGAAGCCCGAAGAGAAGCUGCGCGACAAUGGCGUGAUAGACAAAUAGCAGAAUUGAGUGCAAUACCAUCACGAACACCCCAACAAGAUGAACAAUUACGUGCAUUAAAAUUGGAACGUGAUUUCCAAAAACGUGCAGAAGAAGCUGCAGCUAUAAAUGACGAAGAGGAAAGUACAGUUUCAACGUCAUAUUCACCACAACCUGUUAGUUCAGCAAUGAUUACAAGUGUUACGCCUGUUUCAAUUGUUUCUACACGAACGCAAAUGAAUAGUACUAACCCACCAACAAAUUCAUCUACAGACAACUCAAAUGAUUCAAGUCAACACACCCCACUCGGUCCAACAUCAAUACUAAAGACAUCAUCAGGUCCAAAUAGCCCAUCAAAACGUGAUACAAAUAACUCAAUACAAAAUACAACAAAUAUUUCCAAUCAACAAAGCAACUUAAGUCAACUUUCUAGCAGUAUGUCAACGUUAACUUUAUCAUCCGAUAGUAAUGCACCACCACCUCCAGAACGGGGCUCAAGCUAUCUAGCAAUGUCAUUACGUACAGGAGUCGGUUCUAGUAUUGGUGGCUUGAAGAGUGAAUCAUCAACAAUCAAACGAGUGUCAUUUAAUGAUAAUCGUAGUGCGUUAUCAUCACAAAAUAAUGGAGGAAAUGGGGGACCUUUGUCACCAUCACAAAUGAAUAAUGAUUUGAUCAAUAAUACAUCCGAUAUUUCAACACCACAAUUAGAAAUGAUUCGAGAAGAUCCUAAUCAAUUCAUAUCAGCUGCUGAAAGUAUGUUAGCGUCACCUACAACGCCUACUGACACAUUAAUAGCAGGAGCGACACCGGGAGUGAUUGGUGCUCAAGAAGUUUACAGGGAUCCUCGAACUCGUCGAUUAGCUGAACAACAAGCAAAACAGGCGAGUGAUCGACCGUGCAUUCCUGAAAAACUAUCAUUUAAAGAAAAAAUGAAAAUGUUUGCAAUGGAAACUGGUGAACAGGGUACACCAAAAGACCGUAGUAAAAUAUCACGUGCACAACGUGACAUAGACAAUAUUGGUGGUAAUACACCUCCAUCUUCAUCGCAAGGAAUGGUCCAUUAGCAAUUUAAUUAAAAAAAAAAAAAAAAAAAGAGAGACAAAGAGCUUUAUAUAUGUAUAAAUUCGUGAAAUUUACCAAAGACCAAUAUUAUAUUAUUUUUUUUCUUCAAAAAAAGUAAAAAAAGGUUAACAGUUUUUUAACACAGCAUAUAUAUUUAGAAACAAAUUUAAAUAAAAAUGAUGGGUCCACCUGUUUUUGCAACGUACGCGCCUUAAUGUAUAUGGAACAUAAGAUUUAAUUUAAUAUAAAUACGACGACAGCAUAUCUCAUAGAUUUUUGUUUGAUCUUGUAAAAUAUUUUAUUCAAAAUGUAGAUUUAUCGCUCCCUUAUUGUUUUCUAUUUUGUAAUUAUCCGUUUAUUAUAUAGAGUGCCUUCAUAUUUCAAUAAAUUAUCGAGAUCAAGCAAAAUUCUUAUAAAAUCAUUAUUUAACCAAACUGUUUCUAAGUUUGAAUACGUGAUUUUAUUUUUGACGAAUCAAGAAGCAGUUAAAAUUUAUUUGUACUUAUGAAAUACCAAUAAUUAUUAUUGUUUUUUGUAAAAAAAAUAAUUCGAAUAGCGAUAAUGCUAUUGUGAAUUGGUGAUUCGAUCAUGAUCAUC